AUGGCCGACAGUAACAACGACGGCGGCGAAGGCGAGCAGCAGAUCACAUUCAACGUCAAGUCCUCAUCAGACGCCAAAUAUGUCAUCACCGUAUCCACAGCCACCACCAUCGCCGAUCUGAAGCAGAAGCUAUCGACCGAGGAGUACGCGAAUACACCUCCCGAGCGGCAGCGUCUGAUUUACAGUGGCCGCGUGCUGAAAGAUGGGGACACCGUCGCGAGCGUCAAGAUCAAGGACGGCAACACAGUGCACCUGGUCCGCAGCGCAGAGAGCAAUCAGCGGCAGAAUCCGAGCAAUCAAGGCGGCUCAGCUGUGCCUCCCGGAGCAGGACAACCGGCGUCGAACGUGCCUUCCAACAUAGCAGCUGGUACCGGUGCGGGCAACCCGCUUGCUCAGCUGACCGGUGCUCGCUAUGCCGGAUUUCACGGUCUACCUGGUGCUGACAUGUUUGGGGCAGAUGGAGGCAUGGGGGCACCGCCAAACCCGGAUCAGAUGCUUAGGAUGCUGGAAGACCCGAAUUUUGCACAGCAGAUGAAUGAAGCGAUGAACAAUCCAGCAGUGCUAGAUAUGCUGCGGAACAACCCUAUGAUCCGCAACAAUCCCAUGGCACGGGCUGCUAUCGAUAACCCGGAGAUGCGGCGCAUGAUGCUCAACCCGGACAUGAUUCGCAUGCAGAUGCAAAUGCAGAGAGCUAUGGGUGGAGAUGGCGGAGAUGGAGGAGCCUUCCCCAUGCCAGGACAGACAGACACAACGCCGGCAACGGAGAGCAGCAACAACGCAACCGGCGGCACUGCUACUGGCAUACAGAACACGCAGCCCGCGGCCAACCCAUUCGCAGCUCUGUUCCCGGGUGCUGAAGCGCCUGGUGGAGCUCCUAAUACGAGUGCGGGAGCAGCUACAGGCGAGCAGAACGCAGGCAAUGGAGGAGCUGCUGCAGGCAAUCCGUUCGCCAGCAUGUUCGGCGCUGGCGCCCAGGGCCAGUCAGGGCAACAGAAUCCGGUGCAGUCAAUGGCACAGCAGAUGAUGCAGAAUCCUCAAAUGAUGCAGCAGAUGAUGCAAGCCUUUGGGGGAGGUGCUCGUGGCGCGGGAGAUGCUGGAGCAGCCGGGUUCAACCCCUUCGGUUUCGGCGGACUUGGCGGCCCACCCGAGCCUCAAGCACCCGCUGACACCAGACCGCCAGAGGAGAGGUAUUCCGAGCAACUACGACAACUGAACGACAUGGGCUUCUACGAAUUUGAGCGCAAUAUCCAAGCGCUCCGGAGAAGCGGCGGCAGUGUUCAAGGCGCCGUCGAAUAUCUUUUGACGAAUCCAUGA